UUGCUCUUGAAAGCCAACUGUUUAAGAUCUGUGACGUCACUUCCUUCUUUCUCUUCGACCUCCGGCAUAGUGAGGACAGGACGGUGGACAAAAUGUCCUCCCAUAAGACGUUCAGGAUCAAGCGCUUCCUCGCUAAGAAGCAGAAACAGAACAGGCCGAUUCCUCAGUGGAUCAGAAUGAAGACCGGCAACAAGAUCAGGUACAACUCCAAGAGGAGACACUGGAGGAGGACCAAGCUUGGCUUGUAAACAUGAGUGGAUCUCAGCAUGCCUCCCUUCCAACGUUUGCCUGAGCCUGACCACACAGAGGAAAUGUCACCUGAAGCAGCAGUUAUUUUGUACAGAUACUCUGGUGAUGCUCAUGUUUGACAAUAAAAGAUCUUUGGUCAACAAUGAAA